AUGAAAAGACGUCGCUCCGCUAUUCAUCGGGUCGAGGAGGCUCACAUAGAUUUGCUUAAUUCAUUAAAAAAAAUUAACAUUUUUUUGGUCGAACAAAAACAAAGAAUUUAUAUACUUUAUGAACAAAGGGUCGAAGAUAUACAUCUUGAAUAUGAAAAAGAAAUGGAGGCUUGCGAUCGCGAUUGUGAAGUAAUUAUUACAUAUUCUUAUUUUUUCAAGGUAGAGAAAAAGAAAGUUCAAGAAUACUUAAUCUCAUUGUGCGAAGAACUAAAACGGCGUCUUGAGUAUGACAAAAAAAACAUAGAGCUUACUCCUACUGGUGAUGUUUUGGACUUGAAGCCAGCGGUUACUAGGAAACUCAGAAGGCGAGGAGGGGCAAGUGCUGGUGUUGCAGGUUGUGGCAAUGAAUUUGCCAGUACAACUCUUGUUUCCGGAAGUUCUGUUGGUUCAAGCUUUGGCUACUGGGGAGAUCUUCUUUGUGGUCCAGCUUGGGCCCUCUUCAACAAUUCUGGACCUAAAAGCCCCCUGUCUACAACGAUUAGCUCUACUGCUUUACUUGAUGGAGCUUCCAGAGAUACAUGUGAUCAUGAGAUAAACACGGUCAGAGGCAAUGGAGAGAAGCAAGUAUCAGGGCAAAAUCUCAGUAGCUCGGCUUCUUCUGUUUCCAGAUCUCCAGCUAAUCGUAUUAUCGGGAGUAAUAUAUUUGGGAGUCUCGGUAUUAGCCUUACGGAUGGCGGCCUUCGUUCACAUCUUAUUGCUUCACUCAGUGCGAGCGGUGCGUGUGCAACAACCUUUGCAUCUGGCCUCUUAAAUAGUCCAUCAUUUGGAACUCUUCACAGUUCUGUAUCGACCAUCGGUCCUGGAUUGCCCAACAGUCAUUUAGGUUCCACCACUAUGACAGGUUCUUCUACUGGACCUCCCUCCAACUCCUGCUCGUCAGCUUCAUCUAUCUUGUCUAGUACUGCUGUCGCAGCUGGCGCUAACUUUGUUGGUGUAGGGUUAGCUGGGGGUGUCGGGUCGUUCUUUGCAGGUGCUUUCGGUGGGGGCAAGCAUGCUAUUAAUCGUAAACUUAUAUCUCUUAAAGCUAGUUAUAAUAGAAGUGGUUUGACUUCCCUUUUGCAAUUUGGUCGUGAUCUAAGUGAACGCGCUCGGUCCGAAGUCCCACCCUGGCUUGUGGCAAAAAGUCCGGUGUCAGUGGCUCUGGACGAAAGUAUGCAGGUCAAUCCAGCUCUAGUCGAAAUUAUACAGGUGGAGACUCAUCUGCUUUAUGUGGCAGCUCUGCGCCUAACAGCAGUGCUGUUGAUACUGUCAGUAAAACCAAUGGAAUUGGUCCAACGUCAAGCUCAUCAGGCAUAUCUGUCUGGAUAG